AUGGUCCUACCAAGACCAAGAUCACGGCCGGCAAGAACUUCAAGGACCUGGGUCAUGAUGAUUGGAGAUGGUCCUACCAAGACCAAGAUCACGGCCGGCAAGAACUUCAAGGAUGGAACAUCCACAUUCAAAACUGCUACCUUUGCGGCGGUUGGAACCAACUUCAUUGGAAAAGACUUGUGGUUCGAGAACUCUGCUGGGCCUGAGAAACACCAGGCUGUGGCACUCCGAGUUCAAUCAGACAUGUCAAUCUUCUACAAUUGUAGAAUGGACGGCUAUCAAGAUACUCUCUACACCCAUGCUCAUCGUCAAUUCUUUCGAGAUUGCACCAUCACUGGUACCAUUGAUUUCAUCUUUGGCAAUGCUGCUGUCAUCUUACAGAAUUGUAAGAUAUUUGUGAGGAAGCCAAUGGAGAAUCAAAAAUGCAUCGUCACUGCUCAAGGUCGGCUCGAGAGGAAAGAGCCCACUGGUAUCGUCCUCCAAAAUUGCGCCAUCUCUUCUGACCCUGGCUUCUUCCCCGUCCGCCAUGUCUUCAAGACCUACCUUGGCCGCCCAUGGAAGCAGUAUUCAAGAACCAUC